UCGAGACGCUCAAAAGACGAGUUUUUUAAAUGAACCCUGUUGGAGGUGAAACGCCCAUUGGUCUCGCAAAUCCGCGAAGAAAUCUAAAUAACAAUAGCGGCAGCAAUAUUGAAUGCGAUUCGCUUAACGUGAAUGCUGGAAGUGCUUGCAGCGGGCGAAGGAAGUCGCUGAAUUAUCAGCCGCAGUUGUCGCUCAAGCCGAAUGGAGGAGAUGGAGGAGAAUCAAGUACCAUGCAGCUAUCGUCAACAGGUCGCUUUAGUCCGCAUCCAAAUGAAAUAUUUCUGCCACAAUCAGCCAGACUAACAAUACCACCCUUGGAGAAGUUCGACGAUGCGUUAGUAAACGGUUGUCUACCGCCACCAUCUCCAGCUCCCAAUAGCGAUUGUUUGUCAUCUAACAUAACUCAUGCACACACCCACGUACAUUCACAUGGUCAUACCCAAUCUCAAUCUCAGAGCAAGACAAACCAAAUGCAACAAUUAAACUUGAAUCACUUCCAGCAUCAAGCUCAUGCUCACACCCAUGCUCAUGUCUAUCCGCUGUCAUCCUCAAACUCAGCAUCCUCGAUUUGCACCAGUAAUUCGGGGAGCGCAAAGUCCCAGCCAUGCAUUAUGGCUCUGACCAGUGCGGAGAAUAUCAAUGGUUCUACUUUGCAUAAGCACAACAAAUACAAUCAGCAGCAUCAACGAGUCAUGUCACCCAAUUCCAAGUACCGCCUGGAGCGUUACAGGGAGCCAAUGUCAGGUCAGAAGGCAAAAAUGAUGGACACCAUGAAUCAGUCAUCUCCGGCACCGUCGAGUGCCUCUUCAGGUCGUUACUUCCUGCCACCUGCCAAGGUGCAGUGCGAUGCCUACAGCGGAUACUUGGGUUCAACGGUUCACACACCUGUUAAGCGGUACGUGCCCACGCCACCUCUGGCUAGUGAGCUCUACACGGACUUAUCUCUAUCGACAUCGAUGACGUCGGCAGCAUCGACAAGUUGCGUGGCAACUUCUUCUCUUCCCGUCUCAUCGCAGUACGUGAAUAUGCCAUUGCCAUAUAACUAUCGGGUCAAGUGCUGUCAUCUGCCCAAUGAGGAGACUGGCCAUUCCAAGAGUGCUCAAACAUAUAAUGUUAGUAAUAAUGGAUCCUCCUCAUCAUCGUCAUCCAGCUGCCCCUGCCCCUCACCAUCGCCAGCAUCAUCUGGAAUAUCUGUAUCUUUUCCAGCACCUGCCUCUGGCAUCUGUUCCCCGAUUAUAUCGACAGGAGCAGUAACAACGAAGAGCGUCGGAUCCUGUAGCAAGAUUCGAUCCACUGCCAACAAUACCGAUGAAGCCGAAUCCAUUAUAGUAUUACAGCCAGCAAUCAGUCAAGGUCAAGGUCAGGUUCAGGGUCAAGAUAGUACCGGCACCUGUUUACACUGCAAUACAACUCGCCGGACAACUGGAGUACAUCAGACAACCCAAACAACAGGACCAAUUAGUCCCGUGCCAGUUUCCAUGCCACAUGUACCCAUGAAAGUGACAGCCGCCAAUGACUUGACGAAACUAAAGUAUCAUGAACAGGAGAUGAUGAUGGCAACCCAUUCAAAUUCAAUCUCUCUCUCGCCGGUAACAAUUGCCGAAUCGACACAGCAGCAACAGCAGCAACAGCAACAGCAGCAACAACAUCAGCAACAACAGCAACAACAGCAAGCGAAACUUCUUGCUGACAAUGGAAACCAAAUGACAUUCCAGAGACAAGCGAAUCAACAUCAAAUGUAUGCAGCUCCUCAGCUUCUGUCCAGCUCGCCGAGAUUGCAGCAGAAUCAAAUGCAGAAUUUACAGCAGCAACAGCAACAACAACAGCAGCAGCAGCAGCAAUCGUUGCAAGUUCUACCACAGCAACAACAGCAACAGCAGCAGCAGCAACAACAACAGCAGCAGACUUAUCGCUAUUCAUGCAAGAAGCGGAUUAGUAUUUAUGUGAGACGGGAGAUUGCCCGAUUCUUUGGCGUGGAGACAAGCUCCGAAGCUGCAGACUAUGCCAUUUGGUAUGGACGGCAUCGACGUCUGGCCAUUCGAAGAUUUGGCCCAUUGAACUCCAUCUCGGAGUUGGAAUACAAUGUACCCAUGCCAAAUGAUAGCCGUGAUAUUGGUGGCGCCAACAAUGGUGUUGGUGUUGGUCCGCAGCGAGCCCUUAGUGAGCCAAAUAGCUGUGCACCAGACCGUCCCGAUAUUUUACCAGCUCAGGAUACCCAAAAUAUUGAUAUGUCACUGCACGGAGCUUGUAGAUGGCGCAAAUUGAAUGCCAACAACGAUUUCAAUGCGGCUGAGUUUGUGGAGCGCAAGGCAUCAGUGGCCCACAUGUUGAUGACGAGUAUCAGUUAUUUGAUAAACAUAUUUAACAAGCGUCUAACGAGCCAUGGCAGCGGAAACGGAAACGGCAACUGCAUCAAUCGACGCCAUCGGCAAUGGUCACGUAGCUUUGCUCCCAUCCACGUUCAUGGCAGAGCAGAUUUGGACCAUGGCGAACGGCAUCAAAUGGAUAUGGAUUCCGAGUGUAUUGCGGAUACUUUAGCGGCGCUUAUCGAGGAUGAAGUCUUUUUUGAUAAUCCCUGCGAAGUGUCCUUAGCAGCGUCCACAAAUGAUGAAGGAGCCGAUUUGAGCCGACAAACAAAUAAGCAAACCGCUAAUCAAACUGCGAAUAUGGGAUUAGGACUGGGAGUCGGAGUCGGAGUGGACACCGGAGUUGGAGUCUAUAUGGCUGAGCGACAUCACAAUGGUUGGCGCACGUCGGCACUGAAUAGUAGUGGAAAUGGCAGCAGUGAUCUUAAUUUAAUUGGAUCCCAUGACUCUCAUACGCACCAGGCGAACCAAAUUAAUUUGAGCAAUUCCGGACAGAGUCAAGCCGCGCUUCGCACAUCCAAUUUCACAGUGUCGUCGACUAAUCGAGGCACUCGAAUAACUGCACAAUUGCUAGACGGAGUCUUGGAGAAUUCCCGACGUCCUCAAAUGCGGCGUAUCAAAUAUUUCUCAGUCAAUGAUCUCGAUGAUCGCACGGACCAUCGACCUUUCUUCACAUACUGGAUUAAUACCGUACAAAUUGUUGUGCUAUUCUUGUCCAUUGUGUGCUACGGCAUCGCACCGAUCGGACUGGGAUCUGAGCAAAAGACCGGACAAGUAUUAGUGACCAGCUUGAGCCUGCAGACAGUACAGCACGUUGAACAGCGCAAUCUUUGGAUUGGUCCUCGUAAUAAUGAUUUGGUUCACAUGGGUGCAAAGUUUGCGGCCUGCAUGCGACGGGACGUCAAGAUAAUGGACGUACUCACGAAAACUAGAAGGCAGGAGCGUGAGACAGCUUGUUGCAUAAGAAAUGAUGAUUCCGGUUGCGUUCAGAGUUCACAGGCGGACUGUUCCAUACGAGGACUUUACCCAACAAAAUCCAUAUCAACUUGGAAGAAGUGGUCACCUGGAGAGUCCGGCCCUGGAGGGCGUAUAUCCGGAUCUGUGUGCGGUUUGGAUCCCAAAUUUUGCGAUGCACCUGCAUCUAUUGCUCCCUACGAAUGGCCUGAUGACAUUACCAAAUGGCCUAUUUGUCGGAAAACCAAUUCAUUUUCACAACGCUAUCGAUAUAAAGAUCAUACGGCAGAGCAUAUGGUCUGUGAAAUAAUUGGACAUCCAUGCUGCACCGGUCUUUAUGGUGAAUGUCGAAUUACGACUCGAGAAUAUUGUGAUUUCGUCAAUGGAUAUUUUCAUGAAGAAGCAUCGCUUUGUUCGCAGAUCUCCUGCCUAAAUAACGUUUGUGGCAUGUUCCCGUUCUUCUCAGUGGAAAUUCCAGACCAAUUUUACAGACUUCUGACGUCUCUCUGCAUGCAUGCAGGUGUUUUCCACCUGGCAAUUACUCUCAUUUUCCAGCAUUUAUUCUUGGCUGAUUUAGAGAGAUUAAUUGGAACAUUGCGAACUGCUGUGGUCUACAUUAUGUCCGGCUUGGUUGGCAAUCUCACUAGCGCAGUGUUAGCACCACAUCGUCCAGAAGUUGGACCUUCUGCCUCGCUUUGUGGCGUAGUAUCCGCAUUAAUUGCGUUGCUUAUAUUGAUGCAUUGGAAACACUUACAUAAACCAUAUGUGGCAUUGUUCAAGUUAUUACUUUUGUGCACGAUCCUAUUUGGAAUUGGCACAUUGCCAUACCAGCUUAAUUUCGCCGGAUUGCUUGCCGGAGUUGCAUGCGGAGCAUUUUUGACGAUAUCUUUAGUUCCGUUUACCACAUUUACCAAAUACGGACGUAAAAAGAAGAUAAAUCUAAUUUGGACAUGCAUACUGUUUCAUUUGUUUAUAUACGCGACCUUAAUAGCGACUUUUUACAUAUAUCCCAGCGAGUUUAGUUCAUUUAAUUUUGUGGAUGAUAUAUUUGGUAGUAACAGCUAUAAUAGUCCCACAAAUAGCAAUAUCGGACACCAUAAUGGCGAUGUUGUGAGCAGCACACGGAGAUAUUCCCAGACACAAAAGCCUCAAUAUUAUUAUCAUCAUCACUCCGAAGACAUAAUUCGGAAUAGUGUUGCUUUCACUGAAGGAAAUAGUAUCACGCACACUUAUCCGGAGGCACAACGACAGAAGGCUGCUGAACCUUGGCCGGGGAGAUCAUAUACGCGUUCAUUCAGCUACAAUAUAAAUUAUAGUGACAGCAUUUAUAAAACUAUGGAAAACACUGUUCCAGAUAGGAAUUCAGUAAAGAUCAAAACCAAUUUCAAUUCUCCAGGUCCUGGUCGAUUAAUAGAUAAGAAUAACGACUCUCUUGACAGAACUGCCAAGGCGCCUCAAAUUAAUCACAAAUAUAUCGCCCAUAUGAAUGAUACACAAUUUAAAGGCCUAUAAAUCUUCCAAGUACUUAAAUAGAUAUCUUUUCAUGUAACAAUAGCACAAUUAAUUGAGUGCACAAAAAUAAAAAAACACAUGUAACUACUUAAUUACACAUAUAGUCUUAAAAUAUUGCAUGUAUCGUGAUCAGUAAUUACAAAUAAAAUAAAUAUUGAACCACUCGAUUUCUUUGUUUAUAC